UUCAUCCCCUCUAUUUUUUUUUCUUUCUUUCCACCUGCUCUUCCCUGCAUUAAUACUCCAUGGAACAAUUCCUCGCCCACCAACAUUCCAUUCUCUCCCUCCUCUGCUCCUCCGAAGGAAUGUCAAACGCAACCGCCGCAGCGCUGCUUCUUCUCUUGGCUGCGGCCAUCUCCGGCUACCUUCAAACUGCCGCCGCCGCCGGAGAAAUCGAUCAAGAUGCUGCGGCUCUUCGAGCGCUUAUGGAUUCAGUGAAGAACAUGCCGCCGGGUUGGGGGAAAUCGGAAGAUCCCUGUGGUUCUCAGCCGUGGGAGGGAGUUAGCUGUGCUGGUUCCCGAGUUACACAACUGAAAUUGUACAAUAUGGGCUUGAGGGGAACUUUGAGUGGUGACAUUGGAAGCCUAACAGAAUUGAAGAUUCUGUUUUCGCAUGGCGCGGGGAGCGAUCGCGAAUCUCGGCCGUUUGGGGCGAAGGCUUUUGCGCGGCGGUAUGCCUUUUUGGCGAAACGCGGGCAGCAGAUUGAACCCUGCGGCCUGCAUUCGAGCGAUGGAUUAUUACCCUGGUUACCCUUUGUCACUGCAGAGAUGUGGGAGAAACUAGAGAUGCUGGAGAAUAGAGAUGGCUUUGCUCCGUCGCCAUUGCCAUGA